AUGGCAGCUCAAAGUUUGAAGAAAACAUGCGAUCUUCUGAUCAUUACAACUUUGCUCGCAAUGAUGUUUUCGGCACAAAUCUCACAUUCGAAUAAUGUAAAUAUGUGUAUUAAACAUUGUGUCUCAAACCAAUGCUUGAAAGAAGUUAAAAACGCUACUCCUAUAAUGUGCGAGGAUGCUUGCAAAAAACUUUGCACUGAACAACAACAAAGUGGUCAAGAAAGAUACCUUUUGCCUGUGCCGCCUGGUACAAGCAAAUUUUGCAGGUUGUUUCCUAAAGUGUGUGGUCUUUUUAACCUAUAA